AUGGACGCCCACAAUAACACUAUCGUGACGAUCCAUAUCCCCCGCCUCGGCAACGUACAGGUCGAAACAUCGCAGGAACUGGUCGUACAAGACGUCGUCGACCUCGCUCUGAUCGAAGCUGAGGAGCGGUAUGGAGAAGAAUCUCUCAAGGUUGCGCUUGAUAGGGAGGAGGGGGCGUAUGAGUGGAAGGGAGCUGUUACGGGGGAGGACUGGACUUUGCUGGAGAUAAGCGCUGCUGGCCGGGGUCUCCUUAAGCCGACACAGAAACUACCUCUCGAUACCGGCUUUACUCUGAUACAACCUCAGACACCCAUCAUCGAAAUUCUGAUCACCAUCCCGACUAGCAGCUCGCUCGAUCCUCUCAAGACCAGAGUCCCCAUAUCCACAUCUUCGACCUUCUCUCAAAUCCUCUCAGAGCUCGAAAACACUCUCGGCCUCCCGCGCUCGACGGCGGACCUACUAUCUCCCAGUGCUCCUGGAGGAGUCAGCAAAUCGCGUACUGGGUCUUAUGCUGGACAAGGUACUGCGGGGUCUUCCAAUGAUGUACUUCAGUGGCAAGUGUCCAUGGAACACACGGGCUCUUACACGCGGCUGGCCCUCGAAGCCAACGUAUUUGACUCCCUCAAGCAUUCACAGAACCCAACAAUACAAUUGUAUCUUGACGAAGACUGGCUUCUUAACGGAUCAUCAACCAAAGGUGGCGGCGAAGAAGGGGCAGAAGAGGAAGGAGGCACGAUCAAGGCGACUGCAGCAGCGCAUGUCGCAGAAUCGCCAAGCUCGAAACGUCGGCUAGCCGGGUUGUUCCAGCCCUUGGUUUCGCAAGCUGCGCCGAUGGCUCCUCUGGCUGUCCCGACGCUGCAAGGCGCUGGUGCGACCCAAGAUGGACAUACGGAUGGUGUAACGAACGGGCUGGCGGAGGCGAUGGGAGAGACCUUGGGACCAGCAGGAAAGGCCGCUUAUGAUGAAGAUGAGUGGGAGAGGCUACUUGACGACUUGAACCUUCAUGGGGCGAAGCGAGAUGCCAUGAACGCCAUCACACCCUCCCGCAAAGCCCUCAUCCUCUCCCAAAACCGACGCUCAUCCGUAUCCUCGAACACCAGUCCCACUUGCCCAUCGAAUCCGGCGACAUUCUUUUCUCUUUCAGCUGGCACGAAUAUAGGUCUCACAAGGUUGUUACCGCAGUAUACGGGGCCGUCCUUUGCGAGCUAUGAGCAGGGGCACAAGGAAGAAGGGGGCGCGAGUGGAGAAGAAGGAUGGGCGAAGAGGUUUUCUUUGACGAGCUUCAAGGAUUGGACAGCACCUUCGGCAUCGCCGGCAGCUGUGGCAGAAGCUCACGAGUCCACACCGGAGCCAGCACCCGAGGCCGCUAAGGAGCCACAUAUAUCUGCCAAGCCUAUGGAGAAACAGGGCACUGGCGGAUUGUGGGCUUGGUGGACAGGGGCGUCCAAGCCGGAGGAUGGUAGUCCUGCUGCUUUCAUCGAAGGGCUCGAACAAAGGAGGCCUUCAAGUGUUCAAGUAAAACAUCUUCUUUCAUUGCGUGUAACGCUUUCCACCGCAAAGCUCUCGUGGAUACACGAAUUCCUACAUCUCAAAGGUAUUGUCCAUCUAGGUGCAUUGUUGGAGAGGGCUGCCAAGAAGCAUCUCGAGAAAGGCGAUGUGGAGGAGCAGAUCGUAUGGGAGGUCGUCAAGAGUUUGAGGAUUCUGAUGAACAUUGAUGCUGGAUUCGGCGCUGUACUCGACCAUCCAUCUGUCAUAACCUCCCUGACUCUCAACCUCCUCAGCCCGUCCCCAAAACUUCGAGCUUCCAUCGCCGACCUCCUAUCUGGCCUUACCAUAUUAUCCCCAGGAGAAGCCUACCCAGUCAUCCUCGAUGGCCUAUCGGCUCUUGCUCGAUCGACGGGAAAGCUUUCUAGAUUUGCGUGGAUAGUCGAAAGCUUGUCACGUGGUGAUGAGACAGAUUUCGGAGUCUGGGAGUGGAGGAUGGCGGCGGUGGGGUUCAUCUGCGCGUUGAUCCAGGCGAAUGAGGGAUUGGAGGAAAGGUGUGCUUUGGAAGGAGAGUUGAUCCGGUGUGGCUUGUCCGGUGUACUAGAGGCGUUGGAAGACCUAGAACCGCCGGAAGCAUUCCUACUACAGCUCGACGCAUACCAUAUCGAUCGAGAGAACGACGAGGAAGAUCUGCGGCUACUCUACCUUGGUCGUAUCAGAGGCACUAGGGCGUCUGGGGCAGUGGAAGCUUUGCUUGUGGCGCUGGAAGAGUGCGGUGCGGAUGAGAGGGAUGAAGAUGCUGUGGUAGAGGUUGUCGAGCUUCUGGGGCGGGUCGUGGAGAGGUAUGAUGAUGGGGAGCAGAAUGAAGCUGUAAGACGUAUCGCGGACCAGUGCAAGAAGCUUCUAGAUCUCCCUGUUGAUGAUUCUGAUGGAAGUCCCGAAAGUGCGCUGCAGAUUGAAAAAGACUCGUCUGAGCGUCGAAGAGAGAGGGAAGGCAGGAGUCUGCUUGAGGCUGAGAAUCAAAUGCUGCGAGGAAGGAUUGAGGAUCUCGAAGGACAGUCAGCUCAAAGCGCGGACACCCAGGAUCAGCAUGUACGCUUCCUGCUUGAAUUGUCUUCUCAUAUCGAGACAUCUCCGCCAAUAUCCGAAGAGGCUACGCCACGGGACAUACAACAAAGUCUUAUCGACCAUGUCCUUCAGUUGAAGAGCUCCAUGUCAGAUGAUCAAAGCCUCCUGAUAGAACUUGGCCGACAGCUCACAGAAGCUCAGGAACAAAUAGCAGAAGCCCAGAAGCAGCUGGAGGCCAAGACGUCAGAAGACAAACAAGGUUCUGAGGGAAGAUCUUUCGAAGUGGCUGCUUUGAAGCCUGGGCGGACAAAAGCCCGGUCGGCGCUCAAGGUCAAGCUGCCUACGUCCGUGCAGAAUGAUGGUCUUCUGUCGCCUCGGCUUCCCUCGCAAACGGAAGGCGCGAUAGGAGCAAGUGAGUCAUUGGGCAAGUCGAUGGUUGUCCCGCCCGUGAUCGUUUCUCCUGCUCCUCCGCCACCGCCUCCGCCCCCACCUCUUCCCAAGGCGCCCUUUCCUGGCGUUGCUCCUCCCCCGCCUCCCCCUCCACCGCCCCCACUUGGCCCCUCUAAUCCUAGACACUCCGGCAUGCCUCCUCCACCGCCCCCGCCUCCUCCUCCACCAGGACUUCCCCGAGCUGGUCCUUCAAGUAUGCCUCCCCCACCGCCUCCGGCCCCUUCAUUCCCAGGCAGACCCGCUCAACACGCUCCUCAGCCUCAGCCACCGCAGCAUCAGAAACUCAAGCCGUUCUUCUGGUCCAAGAUGAACGGACCAGCGGUGAAGGAUACGAUUUGGACACAUAUCUCUCCAAACUAUGACUUUGAUGUGGAUGUGGAUGAGAUGUUGGAGGUGUUUGCGGUACAGCCGGCGAAAGAGAAGGUGGAGAAGAAGAAGCCGGCGGUCGUUUCGAUACUGGAUAUCACACGCUCGAAUAACAUUGGCAUCAUGCUGAAGAGGCUGAGGCUGUCUCCUACGCAGAUACGGCAAGCCAUACUGGAAGUGGAUGACGAAGUUUUGGAUGCCGAUGACUUGGCUCUGGUCAGCAGGAUGUUGCCUACAAAAGAAGAGACCGAAAGGCUGCAAAAGUUCAACGGCAGUGUCUCGAAGCUGUCUAAAGCGGAUCAAUACUUUAUUGAACUGAGCAAAAUUCCCCAUCUGCAACUUCGGCUUGAAUCACUCGUCUUUAUCCGCCGUUUCGAACACAGCAUAGCCGAAAUACUGCCGGACUUGAUGAUUCUGCGCCAAGCUGCCAAUCAGUUGAACGAGAGUCAACGGUUCAGAGAAGUGUUGCGGAUCGUUUUGGCUCUGGGGAACAGGUUGAAUAGGGGUACCUUCAGAGGCAAUGCGGCGGGUUUUAGAAUUGAAGAUCUCCUGAAGAUGAAGGACACGAGAACGUCGAAAGGUCCGGAUUGCCCUACAAUGCUUCAUUACCUCGCCAAGGUGCUGCUCAACACUAAUGCCAAAUUGAUCCUGUUUGCCGAAGAGACUCCAGCUGUAGAGCCAGCCGCACGUCUUGACUUGACCGACCUUGCGGCCAAUAUUGUUUCCUUGAUGUCCUCGGUCCGCCAAGCCACCACCACCCUGACUCUACUCGAUUCGUCAGAACCUCUUCACACUCUCUUGACCGAAUUCCUCGGCAAAGCUGUACCGCAAUCCGCCAACUUGCAGAAGACCCACCACCAAGUUCUGUCAGAACUCCACCAUCUCCUCCGAUACUUUGGCUACAAGUCAUCCUCUGCUAACCCCUUCCCCCAAGCUGUGGACGCAGACAAGGGAGGGGAGAAAGAUGAAGGUCAAGGGGCUGAAGAGUUCUUUGGGAUGAUUUCGAGUUUCGGGAGGGCGUUGGAGAAGGCUGGGGCGGAAAUGAGCGCGCAUAUGAUCAAGGCGAAUAUGACGGGGUCUACCACCGCUUCGACGUCAAAGGCCGUAUCGAGCCCUGCACCUGCGCCUAGACAGCGGUCGAACGAGCCAGCGCCGUCGAGCUUUACCAAUCCCUUCCUGCAGCCCAAUCGGGCAGACCAGUCGUCAGCGCGCAAGCUCUCUGCUCGCAAUACGCUAUCUCGGGGCGAGCUUGAUGAGACAAUCAAGACGAUUCGGGGUGGUGUUGGGAGGAGGGAGAGGCAGGAGAUGUCGGGAGGUGGGACCAUGGGCGUGAUGGGGAGGAGGACAGUGAACCGGGGCACGAUUGGGGGGACGCUUGCGAGGAGGACGGGCGAGAAGCGGAGGGAUAGUGGAAAGAAGGGUGGGGGCGAAGAGCGGACGAGGUUGAGUCGGCUGUUUGUGCAUGAUCCGACAGGGCAGGGUGCUUGA